AUGAGUUGUUUUGGAUAUCGCCGGGAGCUGAGCAAGUACGAAGACGUGGAUGAAGAUGAGCUUCUGGCGUCGCUCAGCCCCGAAGAGCUGGCCGAGCUGGAGAAGGAGCUGGUCGACAUCGACCCGGACGCCAACGUGCCCAUCGGGCUACGACAGAGGGACCAGACCGACAAGACUCCGACUGGCACCUUCAGCAGGGAAGCCCUCAUGAAAUAUUGGGAAGCAGAGACUCAGAAAAUUCUGGAGAAUGAAAUCGCCGGAGCCAGUGCUCAAAUGGGUGAGGAAGAUGGGGAGGUGACAGACGGAAACAGCGAAUCAGAGGACGAAAAAGACGACGAGAGCGAAAAAGAACAGGAAAAGCAUCUAGAGGAUGAAGAAGAGGAAGACGAAGAAGAGGAAAGCGAAGAGGAGGAGGAGGAGGAAGAAGUUGAAACAGAAGACGACGAUGACGAAGACCAAUACGUUGCAGCAGAACCACCACCGACUGUGUUGCCCGCCCCGCAACAACUGAAGCCACAGAGGGUAGAGCCUAUGAGAUUGACUCCUCCCCUUCCACCCGCGGAUAGUGGGAACCCCACCAUCGUUGACGAGGCCCUGCAGCGCGCGCUCGCCGAUGACCCCGAGCUCACCGACGUCAACUUGAAUAACAUUGACGACAUCUCACAAGACACCCUUAUCCAAUUUGCCGAAGCCCUGAGGUCCAACACACACGUUCGCGUCUUCAGCCUCGCCAACACCCACGCGGACGACCCGGUCGCGCUGGCCAUCGCCAAGAUGCUGCGUGAGAAUUCAUCUAUCGUCAGCCUCAACAUCGAGUCCAACUACGUGAGCGGGAAGGGCGUCCUGGCGCUGGUUCAAGCUCUUCCCAGCAACAACACCCUGACUGAGCUCCGGUUCCACAACCAGAGGCACAUCUGUGGAGGACAAGUAGAGAUGGAAAUGGUAAAGAUACUUCGGGAAAACCACACCCUGAUCAAGCUGGGCUACCAAUUCAACCUGCCUGGUCCCAGGAUGAGCAUGACAGGCAUUCUUACCAGGAACCAGGACCGUCAAAGGCAGAAACGACUGCAGGAGCAGAAGCAACAGCAGCAGCUGGGGCUGCCUGAUGGAGUCGCCAAUCCCCGGACCACUGCGCUGAGAGUAACACCCUGCAGUUCACCUCGAUCCUCUCCUUGGUCUUCUCCCAAAGUCCCUCGGAGCAACCUGGCGAAGAAACAGACACCCCCAGCGCCACCGCCGCCACCACCUCCGCCGCCACCUCCUCCCCCGCCUCCCCCUCCUCCGCCGCUUCUACCCUCCUCUCGCCAAGAGAAGAAGCCCACCAGGACCAUAGCGGAGGUGAUCAAAUCCCACGAGGCCAGCAGCAAGAAGGCCAAAGCUAAAGGGAAGAAGGGCAAGAAGGAUAAGGCCAAGGACGAGACCACUUGCAUCCUCAAGGAGCUGAAGAACGCGUUGAGGCCUGUGGCGGCUGAGAGGCGGGGGGACGAGGGCAGCAGGCCGUCGACGCCCAUGAGAUCGGCUCAUGACCAGCUGAUGGACUCCAUCCGUAAUAGCAGCAUACGGAACUUGAGGAAGGUUGAACUCCCAUUGCACCUGCGAUAA